AUGUUCAGCAAAAUCGUAGCUAUCAGCGCCCUCCUGGCCGCGGCCAACGCUGGUCUCUUAGGCCACGGACACGCCGUCUCUUCCCAAAGCAUCGUCCGUCACGAUGAGGCCGUUGUACACGCCGCCCCUGUAGCCCACUACGCCGCCCCUGUCGCCCACUACGCCGCCCCCGUCGCCCACUACGUCGCUCCUGUCGCCCACUAUGCCGCCCCUGCUGCUCACUAUGACGGCCAUGAUGAACACGCUCACCCCAAAUACGAUUUCUCUUACUCCGUGGCCGACCCCCACACCGGCGACCACAAGUCCCAGCACGAGAGCCGCGACGGAGACGCCGUGCACGGCUCCUACUCCCUGGUGCAGCCCGACGGCUCCGUGCGCAAGGUCGACUACUCCGCUGACGCCCACAACGGAUUCAACGCCGUCGUGCACAACUCCGCCCCUGCUGCGCACCCCGCCCCCGCUGUGCACGUCGCUCCCGCUGUACACGCCAUCCCUGUAGUCCACGCUGCCCCUGUUAUCCACGCCGCUCCCAUUGUCCAUGCUGCGCCCGUUGUCCAUGUCGCCCCCGCUCAUGGCUACCAUCAUUACUUAACAAUCAACAUGUUCAGCAAAAUCGUAGCUAUCAGCGCCAUCCUGGCCGCGGCCAAUGCUGGUCUUUUAGGCCACGGACACGCCGUCUCUUCCCAAAGCAUCGUCCGCCACGAUGAGGCCGUCGCACACGCCGCCCCUGUAGCCCACUACGCCGCUCCUGUCGCCCACUACGCCGCUCCUGUCGCCCACUACGCUGCCCCCGUCGCCCACUACGCCGCCCCCGCUGCUCAUUACGAUGGCCACGAUGAAUAUGCUCACCCCAAAUACGAUUACUCUUACUCCGUGGCUGACCCCCACACCGGUGACCACAAGUCCCAGCACGAGAGCCGCGACGGAGACGCCGUGCACGGCUCCUACUCCCUGGUGCAGCCCGAUGGCUCCGUGCGCAAGGUCGACUACUCCGCUGAUGCCCACAACGGCUUCAACGCUGUAGUGCACAACUCUGCCCCUGCCGCGCACCCCGCACCCGCUGUACAUGCUACCCCCGUUGUUCACGCCGCCCCCGUUGUACACGCCGCCCCUGUUGUCCACGCCGCCGUUCCCGUUGUCCACGCCGCCCCCGUUGUACACGCUGUCCCCGUUGUACACGCCGCCCCCGUUGUCCACGCCGCCCCCGUUGUACAUGCUGUCCCCGUUGUACACGCCGCUCACGCUCAUGCCUACCAUCGUUACUGAAUAAGAACCGUAUAAAUUAGUGAAAUUUUAACUGCCAAAUAUUUAUUUUCCUCCAUGUAAAUGAGUUUUCACUUAUAAAAUAAAAGAAAAAAUUA